AGCUCCUUCCCAUUACACAAACAACCCCACGAUCGCGCCAGUAACUAACACGCAAGCAUCGUCACCUCACUACCUUAGACUUGGUUUAGGAGAUUUGUUUGAUUUAGCAUCAGCAUUUCAACCAUUUUACUUGCAUUUUCCUAGCCCCUGUUUGCCUCUGCAGAUCAAAAUCGAGCCCAGAUAAGUAACUGUCCUAUCUAUACUCAAUUUCACGCAGAGUGACAAACAAACCUAAACAAGACAAUCACACAACAACAACAACAACACAAAUGUCUGGCUCCAAUGCUUGGCUGCGCGCUCAGCGCAAAUCAGAACUCAUCGGAAUCGCUGAGCACGUCGGCCUCAAAAACUACGAUGGUCUGAAAAAGGAUCUUGAGCUCACCCUGGACGAGCACCUCGCCGCCAACUCGGACAGGUAUUCCAGCGAUCCCAAGCUGGCGCCGUACUUUCAGUCCCGCAACCGAAGUAUCGGUUCGCCCAUCAAGAAGGAUGCCCCCGAGUUCAAAAUACCCAAGAGGAGAAUGGGUAGCAAGACUGACAGCGAGAUCAUUGCCGCAACCGCUGUCGAAGAUGAACCCUCGAUCGCGAGCACCACUUCAGCCCUAGUCCACACCCCGGCGCGCGCAUUCUCUAUCGCACAGCGCAUUCCACUUCCCGCGACCCCCGCCGAGGUCGCCGAGGCUGUGGAUCGCAGCACGGCCGUCGUCCGCCAGCAUGUCAACUCUGUCCUCGCCGAGAGCUCCAUCCCCGAGUACACCCAGGCGACGCGCCAGUCCCUGUCCACCAUCACGGCCGUCCUCCUGACGGCGCAUCUGUUUGAGCUCUACUUCCUGCGCCAGGAGCUCCUCGCCGACCGCUACGCCUUUACCAUUCCUGCCAUCAAGGCGCUCGGCACCAGGGAUUACAUCAUCAACAUGCCAGACUUGUUCCUGCUGUUGACGGCAUCGUUUUGGAAGCCUGCUUCCAUUUGGAUGCUGACGAGCUUCAUCAUCCCUAGCUUCUUUGGAUACUUCUUCAACCUGAGCGCCGCCAACUCGCACUCGCCCGGCGUUGCCACGCGUGGCCGCCCUAGGGGUGUCGCCCACGACGUUGAGUACCGCGUCGACCCGCUGACUUACAGCGUCGUCAAGGCCGUCAUCUCGUACGUUGUCUACGCCCAAGGCGCCGCACUUGGCGGCUUUGUCGACGCGAACAGCGUCGCCCGCAUCAAUUCGGCACUCUAUGGUGGCUGGAAGGGAGUCUUGGUCGGCUCGGGCAUCACCGGCCUGAUGGCCAUGUACGAUGCGGUCCUGCGCAAGUGAGCCUUUUUCUUUUUAUUAAUGCUCUCAUUGUUUCCAACUGGGCUGGAGAAUUGGCUUUUUCUUUUCUUCUUGGUAUGUUCAAAGCUGCUGCUGCUUAUGCGCAGGCUCUCGAUGGGGCUUUUGAGAGAGAAUGAUGGGGUGUUGUGUCUACAGCACGCGCAGACAUGGGCUCCUUUGGAGCCUUGGGGCGCACUGCAAGUACAAACACUGCGGCGUUUGGGCGUUGAAAAGGAAGGGAUGCAUGGUUUCCAAUUUUUUUUUAUUUUUAUGUUCUGGUUCGUUUGGCUGCAGCAGGCCUUCUUGGACUCUUGGCUCUUUCUUUCUCGUCUGAUACCUCCCAUUUUUAUCGAUCGUUUUUAAGUUGUGCUUUUUCUUCCUCUUUUUUUUUUUUUUGUUUCUUU